AUGCUGAUUGCUUUGAUUGGCUCGCGAUAUGCUGGUAAAGAUACGAUUGCUCAACAUUUAGUCACUCAACAUGCUUUCAAGGAAGUUCGAAUCACAACUUCAAGAUCUGACGGGAUUGAUAUGAACCAGUCGACAUCUGAUAAAUUACGUUUUACCGAUCACGAUGGAUUUCUAGAUUACUCAACUAAACAUUGGUCUCAUGACUUUGUUACAACAGACCUUCAAUCAAAAAUCGAAAUCGAAAAGUUUCUCAAGCGACCUUUCUUCGUCUUAGUCAAUGUCGAAGCACCAACACGGUUAAGAUGGGAAAGAUUAUAUCAAAGCCGAUCAACAUCAACGAAGACUCUGGCAGCUGGGCCAUCUAGUCUUGAGGAAUUCGUUUUGCAAGAUGAAAACCAUCCUCCCGAUCACAGCUCAAAUAUCAACCAGGAAUCCAUGAGAACACCAUUGAAAUCGAUCAUCCCUUUCGCAACUUAUACAAUCCUCAACAACUCAUCUUUAAAUGAUCUCUUAACUUCAAUCGAUCGAACUCAUCUACAAAAACUUCGAAAAGGCCUUAGACCAGAUUGGGAUCAAUAUUUCAUGACUUUGGCCAAUUUGGCUAGUUUAAGAAGUAAUUGUAUGAAACGCAGAGUAGGCGCUGUCUUGAUUACCAAGAGAGAUAAAAGGGUGUUAAGUACUGGUUACAAUGGUACACCAAGAGGAAUGACAAAUUGCAAUGAGGGCGGGUGUGCGAGAUUGGGAACCGCCGCCGAGGUAGUUUCAAAAUGUGGAACGGAUCUCAAUGAAUGUUUAUGUUUACAUGCAGAAGAGAACGCAUUACUAGAGGCUGGUAGAGAUCGAAUGGGUGCAGGAGAAGGAAGUACUUUGUAUUGUAACACAUGUCCUUGCCUACGAUGCAGUGUGAAGAUUGUACAAUGUGGAGUUAGAGAAGUCGUUUAUUCAUUUAGCUAUAGCAUGGAUAUUGGUACAGCUGCUGUGUUUGCUGAAGCAGGCGUUCAGCUGCGUCAAAUAUCUUUACCGUGA